AGUUGGCGGGAACUAUGAGGAGCCUUCGAAAGAUGAGCAAACUCUGUAAAUAACAUAUAAAAAGGACAUUAUUUUGAUUCGUGAAAGUAAUUUAGGUCACUUUAACGUUGUUUAUAGCCGUCCAACGGGUGCCUAUGUUCCUGGCAACUGCUUCCGAUCGUCAGCAUAUAGCUUCAAUCAUUACUGUAGUGUAUUGUAUAUUCCGUUACUUCCUAUGAGAACACCUUUUUUUUUCUCUGCGCCUGCGCGGAUGUGCACGAGUCCUCGGGAUCACACAGGUGGAGGCGAGGCUUGGAAAUAUCCCGCGAGGUUUAUCCCGGAAUGCCAAGCGUGGCGGAGAGCCUGUGAAGCCGUGAGCCGUGAAAGGGUGUCAGACCUCCUGUUCUUCCCCUCGUCAGUCCUCAUGCAUCCCGCAUCCGAGCCCAGUGUCUCAACUUGAUACCCCCACUCUCUCUCUCCCUCUCCCUCUCUCUAUCUCUCCUACACACACUCUCUCACACACACGUAAAGAGGCAGGAGGCUCCAGAAGAGCACAGUGGAUGUUUGGUCUCCUGCAGGAGGAGCACAGCAGACCACCGAAUCUCAAUUUGGAUUUAUUAAAACGACUUUUCCUGGGGGUUGGAGUUGACCCAGUGGACUACUACUACUACUACUACUACUACUACUAGUACUUCUGCUACUUGGCAUUAUCAUUUUGGUGCGUGUAACUUCCCAUGGAAGCUCCUUUCUGGAUGGACCUCAUGGAUCCGCUGGUGGUCCACGACUCCCGGCUCUCAUUUGGAUUUUAAAGCGCAGCAAAAAAAAAAGCGGGACUUCCUUCCUCCCCAUCAUCCUCCUCUUCCUCAUCACCGAUCCCCUCCCUUAAAGCCCCCUUCCCCUCUCCCCACUCCACCCCCUUCUCCGCGUAACUUCAUCAUGACGGCGAGGUAGUUCCUCCGUCUUUCCCCCCCAUCGAUCCACCCCGAGCUCUCUCUCUCUCUCUCUCUCCACGGAGGAGCGUCCUUUAACCCCGAAAGCGAGCGAGCGUGCAAGCUUCCUCAUCCACCGGAAGAGCCGCGGAAGAAAGCAUGGACCCCACGCGGGGAUGCGCCCUGCGCUGGAGGACGCUGCUGCUGCUGCUCCUGCUGUGGGAAGUUUUCGGACGUAAUUCGGGAGCAACCGGAAGCAGUCCAGGCGCCGGGCCCGACUCGGCACAGCCUCGUUUCUCCGCCGCCCUCCCCACCUACCUCCCGGUGCAGUGCCAGCUGAGCGGCGCCGACUCCGCCUUCUUCCUGCGGGAAGCCAAUCAGGACGUCAUGCGCAAUGGCAGCCUGGCGACGCGCACCGAGCCCUUCUUCCUGCAUCAGCUGGAGGCGGGCGUGGCUGCGCCGCACGCCCUUCCCUCGGUCGCCUGCGGCUACGGCAACAUGAGCGUCGAGCAGACCGUCCCGGUGGAGCUGCUUCAGGGGCCACCGCCGGGUCUGCAGAUGAUGGCCGAGCAUGUGACGCUCAACUGGAAAGUCAAGGGUCACGUGGUGGUGCCCAAAGUGGGGUCCACCAAUCCCUGGAUUCAGGUUCUGUUUUACUUGGUGGGGCGUCGUUGGGAUGAGUUGGACCCCCCGCUCCCGGGCCUCCUUCCCUGCGUUCGAGCCGUGGUGGUCCGAGACGCUAAUGAAGCGGCUCCAUCGGCCGGAUGCCGACUCGUGGGACCGACAGGAAUCUGCGUUGUGCGCUUGGAAAUUCCCGCCGCCUGGUUCACGCCCCUGCAGGCGCGAAGGCGACCCGGCGAGGCGUCGCUGCCGUCCGUGGAGGUGUAUUACUCCAUCGUACCAGUAGAGGGCACAGGACUGGAGUGUCCGUCUAUUGUUAAUGAAGCGUUGAAAAGUCCCGCUACGAACACGGGGCCUCUCGGUCUCGGCCUCGGCGGAGUGUGGAGCCCCCUGGUGGACGGAGGACUUCAGGACAUGCAGAAAGUUGGCUCUGUCGCAAUGACUCUGGGUCCGGUUUCCCCAAAAGGAGAGAUACUGACGCUGGAUGAUAACGUGGAGGUUCUGGUGCCUCCCAGUCCGGUCCGGCUCGGCAAGACCGUGUCAUUCGGCAUCUACAUGAAGACGUACCCUCACGUGGAGCAGUUCACACUGAGGGUGUGGUUCCAGUCAGGCAUCAGCUUCCUGGCGGUGAAGCCCAGCGACUUGGUAGCGUGGGAGAUCAAACAAGAAAUGGCGCCCGGCGGCGGCUCGUUGGCGGUGGUGUGCCAGAGGAAGUCCUCCUCCACGGCCGACAGGUUGGACAGCGCGUCCUACGAGGUGAUGCAGUUGGACUUUGAGGUGGACAACGUCAUCAGCUUGGCGCCGACCCAAACGCUGCACUGGGUGGUGGACUAUCUGUCGGGGGCGCCGCCCUCCUCCGAGAGAGUGUCUCACCUUUACAUCAGCAACGCCGACAUCCAAGGCAUCGUACCUCUGGCCCAGGACACGGAGGUGGUGAACACGGCCAUCCUGACAGGUCGGAGGGUGGUGCUGCCCGUCAAAGUGGUCACCGUGGAGACGGACGGGCAGGUGAGGGAGGUGGAUGACUCGCUGACGUGCAGCUCCACCGACGUGGACGUGCUGAAGGUGUCGCCAAACUGCGACCAGGUCUUGGUCAACGGCAAGGAAAUGCGCGGACGCCAGAGGCUGGCGGUCAAUUUCACGUACAUGCACCUGGCGGCCCAGAUGACGCUCACCGUGUGGGUACCCAAGCUGCCCCUGCAGAUCGACGUGUCCGAUACCGAACUCAGCCAGGUCAAAGGAUGGCGGGUUCCCAUCGCCGCCAGCAGGAGGCCCACCAGAGACAGCGAAGACGACGAGGACGACGAGCGGAGGGGGGGCAAAGGCUGCACCCUGCAGUACCAGUACGCCCUGGUGAGGGUCCUCACCCACUUUGUCGCCGAGCCGUCCGACCCGGGAGGCGAGAUGGUGCACAUGCUGGGUGCCGACUGGCAAGCGGACAUCACUCAUCUGGUCCUGGAUCAGCUCAAGGUGGAGGACCCUCGCAUCGCCAAGCUCAUAGACGGAAGAGUCCUGCUGGGACGCGAUCUGGGCAUCACUACCAUCCAGGUGUUGUCCCCUCUGUCCGACUCCAUCCUUGCCGAGAAGACCGUGACCGUGUUGGACGACAAGGUCACCAUCACAGACCUGGGGGUCCAGCUGGUUGCGUCUUUGUCACUCAGCAUGACGUCCAGUCCUGGAAAUUACCAAGCGAUUCAGUUGACCACCACGGCUAGCGACCUCCUGCAUGCACCCAAACAGGAAGCGGCGAUCAGCGCCUGGAUCCACUACAGCGAUGGUUCCGUUACGCCAUUGGACAUCUAUGACCCCAAGGACUUCCUCCUGUCGGCGUUGUCAUUGGACGAGAAUGUGAUCUCCGUGACCAAUCAGGAUCAACACUGGCCCAUCGUCGUAGCGGAAGGCGAAGGCCAGGGGGCGCUGGUCCGCGUGGAGAUGGUCAUCUCCGAGACGUGCCAGAAGUCCAAAAGGAAGAGCGUUCUGGCGUCGGGCGUGGGUAACGUGAUGGUGAGGUUUGGCGCCAAGAACGACGACGAGGAGAGAGGAGCGCCCGUCCCCGAGGAUGGCGUCCCCAGGGACAACGCCACCGACAAGGGACGGGAAUGGAAGUCCAACAGCGCCACCGUGGACCGUGAGGAAGGCGCCAUGAGGAAGGUCAGCCUAACGACCAAGAGCACCGUCACCCACCGAGCCGCCGGCGGCAAAGCCUCCGGUGGCGGUGGCAGCCGGGGUGGGGGUCAGAGCCAAGCGGGGGACUCGGCUAGCGUCCCGGCCCAAGUGGAGGUACCCGGACCCGCCGACAGCGAACUAACCCAGACCACCAGGGGACUCUCAGACCUGGAGAUCGGGAUGUACGCCCUGCUGGGUGUCUUCUGCCUGGCUAUCCUGGUCUUCCUCAUCAACUGUGUCAGCUUCGCCUUCAGAUAUCGUCACAAGCAAGUCCCCGUGCUGGAGGCGGCCGGCAACAUGAACCACGCCCACGACUGGGUGUGGCUUGGCAACGAAGCCGACCUCCUGGCGGACCACCCCGACCCGUGCCCCGGCUCGCUGCCGGACGAGUGCACCACCAUCAUCGACCGCAACGAGGAAGGCUACGAGGAGAACAAGUACCUCCUGAACGGCGCGGGGGGCACCUUAGUGAUGGGCCCCAACAGCAGGGGCACCCUUAGCGGUGGCGGCGGGGGUCUGGGUGGCCACAGGGGUGUCUCGCACAGUCAGACGUUACCCAGGUCCAUUCCGGAUCCGCAUCAGUGCCUUUCCGCUAUCGCCGCUGACAACAACUCGCCCAGAGCCGCCGCUAACAAACGCAAACGAGUCAAGUUCACGUCGUUUGCCACCGUGUUGCCCAAUGAUAAUCCGUGCGGGAGCGGGGGGGGCGUGCCCCCGUACAGCAACUCCUCCAUGUUGCUCGGCAAGGGCGGCGACGACGACAUCAAGUGGGUUUGUCACGACAUGGACCUGGGUCAGUCGGAAAUCAGAACCUACAUGGAGAGGCUACAAGACAAUCUGUGACUGGGGUCAAAGGUCAAAGUGGAGAACUUGGUGGGCGGGGCUUGGGUGAGGGGGUUGCCGGGAAAAGGGGGACAAUUCACCUGUGAUGCCUUUGCCAUGGACGAAGGGAGCGGGACGGACGGACGGACGGACGACAAAACACGGCGCUAACUCUUCCGAGUUAACGCGAGUCGCAAUGAGUCACGGACAGCCGGUUUGGAACACGCCUACUUUUUAGGCUCCUCCCACCUUGUCACAAGCUCACACUGGAAUGAAGAACAGAAAAAUGUCCGCCAGAGGAAGCAAGAGGUGAAUAUAAAAUACUGCAAUAAUAAAAUAAAAGCGAGACAAUAAUAGAAUAUAUAUUUUAAAAAAACGUUACGAUUAGGGGUGCACGAUAAUUAUCGGAACGAUAUGAUGUCAUACCGAUAAAUCCACUCUCAAGUGCAAAAAGUGCAAAAAGUUUGUCAAAGACCUCCAUGGCGUGACACCCACUGCUCGGAGCAUGUGCCCGAAUACAGUGCACCUUUCUGGGCCACGGCAUGUAGCUCCCUCCCCUCCAUUCUCUGGUUCUCCUGAUAGUUGUGAUGUGGGAUGUGUAAUGACAUAUUUGAUUUGCAAAAAAAUCAACAGGUACAGUUGAUCAAAUCCAAAUUAGUUUGAGUCCGUAUUACCUCCGGAUGUGCACAAACUGAUUUUAAGUCUAAAUCUAGAUAUUAAAAAGCGGAUUUGGAAAAGUUAUCCAUUAUCGGUAUCAUAACAGUCUCAAGAAACAGAAGUGGAAUUGUUUUGAAAAAAAUAUCGUGCAUCUCUAAUUAAUAUGGAGGGUUUUUUUUGCACUGAAUUAAAUAAAUAGGAAUAUAUAUCAAUUAAUUAAAAUGUGAAAAUGCAUUAAAAUAUUUCUUUAAAUUUGGACAUUUACUACAAUAUUCAUUUUUUUUAUUUUAUGGCUCCCUUUAUAUUUUUUAAUUAGAGGCCAUUUAUUAAAAAAUUUAAGGAAGCCUAAAAUAAAAAAACUAUAUAUAUUUUUUAAUAUAGUUAAUUUAAUUAAAUUACAUUAAUUACAAUUUAAAAUUACAUUUUAAAAAUAAAAAUAAAUAUUUUAUUCUCAUUUUAUUAUUUAUUAAUUAGUUCUAUAUUUAUUUAAUUGCUCCCUUUAUAUUUGUUUAAUUAGAGGCCAUUGAUUAAAAAAAUUAA